AUGAGAAGACCAGGUAGGCCUGCUGUACAUCGUCCGGGGCAGCAGGACCAGGUUGACCAGUAUGAGCCGUACAUCGCUCCGCCUCGCUCUGCAGCUGAUGAGGCUUACGGUUGCAGGUGGAUGGUCCCCAGACUCACACAGGCACAUGCGGCGACGGGUCUCCCAUACUACCGAGACGCCCUUGAUCGACUCACUGAGGAUCAGAUCACAUGGGAUCCGUAUGUACCGGAGUUGGUAGAUGUCAUGCCUGCACAUCUACUGGAGCAUCAGGGAGAGUGGCGUGCCCGGGUCCCCCUGAUCUGUUUCGAGGUUGUGGAGAGUCACCUACCUGAUCGCGUCAUGCGACAGUUCAGACUGCAGCAGCCUAUUCCCCAGAACUGUGACACUGUCGUGCGCCUUCACGACAUUGACCGUCGGGGAAAGACGGAGACAAACUGGGCACUGGAGCAUUGGUAGUAUCUUCAGCUAUGGGAGCAGCGGUUGGGUCAUGUCGUUUAGGGUUUUCCUAUGCAGGGCGUUAUGGAUCAUGACGAUCCGUACAUGGUGUGGUACAGGCUUAUCACACGCCGUUUCAUC